UUAGGAUGCCUCCGACUUUCUAGCUCUGAAAGGUUCAUCCUUUUUAAUCAAUAGCAUUCGGCCUUUCGCUCGAGAGGGCUUUGUUUUCAUUUCAUUAGGUUGCCAUCGGCUUUCUAGCUUAGAAGGGUUCCAUCUUUUUAAUCGACAGACUUAGACCUUGAGGGCUUCAUUUUUUUUUCUGUAAGUUACUCCGAUCCGUAGCAAAUGCACGGGCACAGAUCUGGUUAGAAGGUAAGAUUGUAGUAAUCUAUUCCCAUGUGUAAGAAUUGUGCUAUCUCGACGCGAUGAAGUUUAGCGUGGUCCAAAACUAUUCAUGACCUGCUGUUGAUAAACGAACCAUAUGGCUGUCAAGACCUAUUGUUUAGCCUCACCUUGAGAUACACACAUGAAAUUAGCGUAAUCCUCAAUCUAGUGCCAAAGGGCAUCUCUCGAUGAUCGGGACAAGGCCAAUCUCCUCUACGACGUGCUAUAUACUAUUUAUCAACUCGAUCGAAUCCAUGGAGAGAUUAGCCCAGACGAAGCUGUUGACCCCAAGUCUAGCUACGUGCAGAGCAAAGACCAAAGAGCAUGGCGAGGCCGCACGCCGUGGUGGUGCCGUACCCGGGCUCCGGACACAUCAACCCGGCGCUGCAGCUAUCCAAGCUGCUGCACCGCCACGGCGUCUUCAUCACCUUUGUCGUCACCGAGCACAACCUCCGCCGCGCUUGGGCCGCCGUCGAGGGCGCCGCGGGCGGCCGCGAGGGGUUCCGGAUCGAGGCCAUCCCGGACGGGAUGCUCGACGCCGAUCGGGACGCGCAGGACUACGACAUCAGCCUGUCCAAGGCCACCGUCAACCACGGCGCGGCCCCGCUGAGGGAGCUCGUCGCGCGGCUCCGCGACAGGAGCGCGCCCGGCGUGCCGCCCGUGACGUGCGUCCUGCCGACGACGCUGAUGAGCUUUGCGCUGGACGUGGCGCGCGAGCUCGGCGUCCCGUCCAUGGUGCUCGCGGCCCUCGGGGCGGCACCGCUGAUGGCGGAAAUGAGGCUACGGGAGCUCAAGGAGAGAGGCUACCUGCCACUGAAAGACGAGAGCUGCUUGACAAACGGCUACCUGGAGAAGACGAUCAUCGACUGGAUCCCCGGCAUGCCGCCGAUCAGCCUCGGCGACGUCUCGAGCUUCGUCCGCACCACCGACCCCGACGACUUCGGCCUGUGGUUCAACAUCACCGAGGCCAACAACUGCACCAAGGCUGGCUCCCUCAUCAUCAACACCUUCGACGCCCUCGAGGCCGACGUCCUCGCCGCCCUCCGCGCCGAGUACCCGCGCAUCUACACCGUCGGGCAGCUGGGCACCAUGCUCCGCCUCGGCGAAGAAGCCAGCGACGACGACUCGAUCGACCUGAGCCUGUGGAAGCACGACACCGAGUGCCUGGCCUGGCUGGAUGAGCAAGAACCGGGAUCCGUCGUGUACGCCAACUUCGGCAGCCUCACGGUGCUCACCGCCGCCCAGCUCGCUGAGUUCGCGUGGGGCCUCGCGGCGACGGGCCACCCAUUCCUGCUGGUGGUCCGGGAGGACCUCGUCCACGGCGGCGGUGAGCUGCCGCCGGAGUUCCUUGCGGAGACAGCGGAGCGGCGCCGCGUGGUCACGUGGUGCCCGCAGGAGCCGGUGCUGCGCCACCGCGCCGUGGGGUGCUUCCUGACGCACUGCGGCUGGAACUCCAUGCUCGAGAGCAUAGCCGCCGGCGUGCCCAUGGUGUGCUGGCCAGUGUUCGCGGACCAGUACACCAACCGCAAGUACGCCUGCGAGCUGUGGGGCGUCGGACUCCGGCUGGACGAAGAGGUGAGGAGGGAGCAGGUCGCCGGCCGCGUCAGGGAGGCGAUGGGGAGCGAGGAGAUGCGGAAGAGCGCGGCGGGAUGGAAGGCGGAGGCGGAGGCGGCAGCGCGCCCCGGCGGGUCGUCACAUGAGAACUUGUUGGGCUUGGUGAAAGCGCUUAAAGAAGGAUCACUCAACUCCGAAGCAUGAUUUCGUGAAAAACCCAAGUGACGGACGCUAGGAGGGUAUGUAGUAAACCAAGUCCGUUGAAACUUGAAAGGGAGAAAUAAUAAUUUUAUAAGGAUGUGUUCAAUUUCAGACCCAAAUAUAAUGCACCUUACCAUUGUAUCAAAUCAAUAAUAAAUUCCUCCGUCAAUCUUAAAGAUUUGCUGA